AUGCCCACUGCACAUAUUGCACGAACCUAUUCAAGAAUACGACCAGCCAGCGCCAGAGCCUUCUCUGUGAGAACUUCGUUACUUUCCGAUCACCCUCCCAUUGCCAACAAACCGGAAAUCAGGCUUUCAGAGGAAAACAAUGCGACUAAAUCCGAGGUGGAAGCUCCAAUGGCAUCUCCUGUCCCGUGGUAUCUGCAGGAGGAGGCACCAGUUCCCGAGGAACGAUUGAACGUUGUCGACCAUCUACCAAAAAUCCCAGAAGACGCGCCAGAAAUCCUUCCGAAUAUCUUGGAAUACAGCUACAAGGACCUUGGCCUGGAUAACCUAAACAUGUUCGAUCUUCGAGCUUUGGAAGUCCCUGCUGCUUUGGGAGCCAAUGUCAUUAUGAUCAUUGGAACUGCCCGCAGUGUGAAGAACUUGAAUGUCUCUGCAGACCGUCUUUGUCGCUGGGGACGGAGCCAGUAUAAGCUUUCGCCUCAUGCAGAUGGUCUCCUGGGACGCAACGAACUGAAAAUCAAACUCCGUCGCAAGGCCAAGCGGGCACGUGCUGCUAGUCAAUCUGGGGCAAUGGUUGAUGAGAAGGAUGAUGGAAUUACAACGGGAUGGAUAUGUGUUAACCUGGGCGUUGUGGAUAAAAACGUACCGAAACUCAACAUGAGGGAGACUGAAUUCGAAGGCUUCGGCCAGGUCGAUAGCGGUAUAAGCGUGGUGGUGCAGAUUUUCACCGAGGAGAAGAGAGCCGAAGUUGAUCUGGAUGGAUUAUGGCAAAACACCUUGGAGCGUGCAGAGCGGAAACGCCUUCAGGAGGAAGCUUUACAGAACGAACCUUCUCACACAGCAGCCCAGGCCCCGGCCCCAGCCCAGGCCAUUAACAGAGUAGGUGCACCUAGCGAACAGCGCCGAGGUUUCCACACAACUCGUCGGCUGGGCAUGUCCAUCAAUGACGCAUCCAAGAUCGAUUUUGCUACUGCCUGGUCCAUUAUCAAGGAUGAUGCAGCCAAAUCGGGAUUGACCAUUACUCCCGAAUUUUUGCUGCGAAUGUAUAGUCUUCUUUCCCAUGAGAACGCAUUGGCUGAGCUUGGAACUGGCCCCGAGGAUCGUUCAUCGACUCUCUUUUUGCAACUCUUUUACGGAAGCAUACCAAGCAGCAUGCCCGAGCAGGAUGUCGCCUCUCUAAAACUGCGGCUUUGGUCUCUCGCUGUGAUCCACCAACACCCGAAAUACAGCAAGAUAGAUCUCUUCGACAAUUUCCAGCAGUAUCUUUCGAAUGGCUAUGAGAUUUCGGACGAACUCGGUGGAGUCAUAGUCUCUGCUCUCCUCAGGCCACGGCCAGCAGAACAUGAGGGUCAAGUGUAUUCGCAACGGGUUUUCGAAGAAGAAAUUGAUCUCGCCCUCUCAGUUCUUGAACGCCUCAGCCUUCGUGGAGUUCCGAUCAUGAGCAUGAGAGUUUUCAAUCAGCUUUACCACGUAGUGAACUUCACCAACACCUACGUUCCUGCUCCCGUGCUCUCGUUGAGGAUCCCACUAGAGCAGAGAUUAGAGCAAGCGCCCAGGGGAAAUUUACGACCAGAAUGGCAGCGGCAGUACCUAGCUCGCAUUUCUAAAAUGGUGGCCGCUGCCGAUAUUCCAUUUGAGAAGGAUGAGGCAGUGGAGCUCAUGGUGCAGCAAUUCCUUUGUGAAGAUUAUGAUGGCUUUUGGCGCCUAUGGAGAAAGUUCCCUCUCAAGGGUAUUAGCCGAACCGUUGAGGAUUAUUAUAUGCUCUUCAAGCUCCAUGCACACCUUGGAGAUGAGCAGCGAGCCCGCGACUGUCUCUACGAGUGGGUUCCCAUGAUGGCACGUGAACCGACCCCUGUGCCCAUGCAAAACCCAGCUCUUCUUGCCAUCAUGCGGUGCUUGCAGGUGGCCGAACCCGCCGUCAUAGGAAGUGAAACCCUUCCAUCACAUGAGCGGAGCCACCUCCAGAAUCUGUGGUACGAAUGUGGUGUUGAACUAGGUAGAGAGGCAAUGGCAAGUGGAGCAGUGACAAAGGAGGAAUUGGAGGACCCAAAUACGGCGCAGCAGGCAAUUGAGAAGUACAUCCUGACUCAAGUUGCUGUUGACGAAGGAGGAGCUAGCGGGGCAGCAGGACAGGACGGCGAAGCAAAGAAGGAGUAA